UGGCAGGCUACUUGCUAGCUAGGGUUAAGUUACGGUAUGUUAACUGCAAACCAGAUGGGACUGUAAGUGUGCCUCAGUUAUAACGUUAGUUGUAGCAGCUGUAUCUUGUUUAAUCACCUCAGAAGUUGCUGUUCUGGAUUUCAAACAUUAGCAUAACACAGUUAAAUAGCCCCAACAGGGCAAAGUAAAAUGAUUUAGUAAUUUGCUUUACCCUGUUUAAAGUAGGACAACAAAGAUAACGUUAGCGUUAACGUUACUUGUUAAAUUGUCCCGAGUGGGCAGGCUAGUUCGACUCUGCCGUGAGGACACACACUGAUCUUCCAGGCUGUCAGGUGGUACUAAUACCUGUCAGACCAACCUUUAUCAAUACUUAGAGCUGAUACUUGCUAUUGCCAAACCAGUUGGUUUGUUUGUUCAGGCCUGGGUUUGGUUAGUAAAUGUUACCUUUUGUGGAUAAUUUCUCUGUACUUUGAAGCUUUUUGUUGCAAGAUGUCAGAUCAGUCCCAACAGAGGAAAUUCCCUCAAUACUUGUGUACCUACUAUUCAACGUUUGCCAAAUAAGGCGUUUUUUUGUUUUUUCCCUUCAAAGGAAAUGUGUGAGCUGUGAUGCAUGUUUAAAAGGGAACUUUAGAGGAAGAAGGUUCAAGUGUUUAAUUUGCUACGAUUAUGACCUGUGCGCAUCGUGCUACGAGAGCGGAGCCACAACAACAAGACACACCACAGAGCACCCCAUGCAGUGUAUAUUAACCAGGGUAGACUAUGAUCUGUAUUAUGGAGGAGACACUUUUUCAGUAGAGCAACCCCAGUCAUUCACAUGUCCUUACUGUGGCAGGAUGGGCUUCACAGAGACGUCCCUACAAGAGCAUGUCACCUCUGAACAUGCAGAGACUUCCACCGAAGUGAUCUGUCCAAUAUGUGCUGCCUUGCCAGGAGGGGACCCCAACCAUGUCACAGAUGACUUUACAGCUCACCUCACACUUGAACACAGAGCGCCAAGAGAUUUAGAUGAGUCCAGCAGUGUUCGACAUGUACGCAGGAUGUUCCACCCUGGACGAGGACUGGGCGGACCCAGAGCACGACGGACAAAUAUGCACUUUACUAGUGGCUCCACAGGGGGACUUUCAUCCUCUUCAUCACAGAGCUCCACGUACACGCCCAGUAACAGAGAAGCAAUGGACCCAAUUGCAGAGUUGUUGUCUCAGCUGUCAGGUGUGCGGCGUGCGGCGGGGGGGCAAAUAAAUUCAUCAGGGCCUUCAGCCUCCCAGCUCCAGCAGCUCCAGAUGCAACUGCAAUUGGAGCGGCAGCAGGCUCAGGCAGCACGACAGCAAGUGGAGACGGGCCGCCACGCGACGCGACGCAGCAAUAACCCAGGCAACUCUGGCGCCACCAACCCUCCACCCAACACAGGAACUGCCAACACUGCCACCGUGGGUGAAAGCAAUCCCUCAUCCUCGUCCCACAGCUCCCAGUUCCUAUUAGCACGGUUGAAUGAACCUAAGAUGUCCGAAGCAGAGCGGCAGUACCUUGAAGGAGAGCGCGCAGACCGCAGCCUGUUUGUCCAGGAGCUGCUUUUGUCCACACUGAUGCACGAAGAGAGCUCUUCUUCCGAUGAGGAAGAGCGCCGAGACUUCGCCGACUUUGGAGCCAUGGGCUGUGUGGAUAUCAUGCCUUUAGAUGUGGCGUUGGAGAACCUCCAGCUUAGAGAGCUCAGCUCUACGGGGAAGGAGCCUCCGCCGCCUCCUCUUUGAUGUCCGGGCAUCAAGCAGACUGUGUCCUCUCUGCUGCAACUGUCAGUGAUGGGCAGCAAACAGCAGCAGUCCUCCCUGGCCUCACUCUCCUUUCUCCUUCCUCUAUUUUCUGAGUUUGUUUUUGGUGAUUGUAAUUUCAGGCCUGUCACCAGUUUUGUUACAUUGUAAACAAAAAUAAAUGAGAGCAAGUGGGAUAAAUGUGCGAGUGCGCAAUAGCAACUGAGUGAGCGAACGAGAGAAGAGAAAUAUAUAAAUAUAUAAAAUAUAUAUGAAGUUGAUAAUCAAUCCACAUAACUUUUCUUUUCUUUAUCAGGUAAAUGUUACAGGCAGCUGUGGCAGACCUUUGCUUCCUGUGACAUGCAAACGGCUCCAUAUAAAUACUCCACAUUCACAAGUCAAGAGGGCAUAGGCUCCUCUGAUGAAGCUGCUGUGUGUUUAUGACUAUUAAUAAAUAAAAAGUGCUUGGAUGGGUUACCAUAACUACUGCAUGCAGUUAUUUGCAGCGUGCAUGACUUUUAAUGACAAGGUCAUUAAAUUAUUUUGUUUUUUUAAUAUCCCAAAGCUUUCAACUGUUUUUAAAUGGUCAUUUCAAACCAGGUUAAGUAUUGCAAAUUUCUUUAGUAAUUUACCAAAAUGACGUGUAAAUUUAACACUAACAAUAUAUUUUGUUAGGUUUUCUUUGAGGAGAUACAAUGAAGAAAAAAAACAAUUGGAUUCCGCAGUAGCUUCUGUGUGUGUGUGUGUGUGUGUGUGUGUGUGUGUGAGCAUGGGUGCGUGCACACACAGCUCCUGAAUGCCUUUUCUCUGUCUGAAUAUGUGGAAAGCUGUGCUAACAGCAACAGAACCACGGCUACAUGCAUCAGAUGAAUACUAGGAACAGAAGAAAAGAGAGCUUUUUCUUAGAUGUUAAUGUUUAGUGAUAAGCUGUUUAGGCACAGUAUACUUUAUAAUUUAUAGAUGUACAGAUGCCCAACUACAGUAUAUCCAUUGCUCUUUCACACUUUUCUGGUAUUCACUCUGCUUAUAUACAGGCCCAGUGUCCGGCCACGUGCUUUAAACAUCUUGUAUGAAUUUCUUUGCUGGGUAACGGGAGCUUGAGACGCAAAGAAGUUUUGUUUUUCUUAAGAGAAAGCAUUCUUUUUUUUUCUGCUAAGGUUAGCACUUUCUAUUUAUUCUUUCUAAUGUUUGUUUUCUGAUGCUUUUGAGCCUUGAUAUGAAUCAUGCCACCUUCAUGCCUCUACUUUUACCCUCUAUGUAAAAUACAAUGACAAUGUGUCUUUCAUAAUGGUUAAGACAUGGGCAGACAUUUUUUUUAAAUGUAAAUUUAGAAUACAAUAAAUAUAAACUGCGCACAGCUUUUGAUGAAACUAAGAGA